AUGCUAUCGAGAUCGGCAGCCAGCUCUGCGCUAACAACCAGGUGGGCGAUGCGCAGAGCCGUGCGUGGGUCACCGCAGUUUGGCGUUGUCCGCGGUCCAUCCUCGAUUCGAGACUUCCAUCUUCAAGCCAAAGAGAUCCCCACCUUUCUCAGCGAAGUCGGCGCGACACUUCCACGCUCAGUGUCAAUCGAGGUCGGUGAAGCCUCAAAUGCGGACCAAGGCGUAGCGGUGCUCAUCUCUGCUGACCGUGACCCGCAAUCAAGCUGGCCUGGCUCCCAGGCCAAGUCCGGCGCCAAGUUCUACGGCCCUAGCAUCGUCUCCGCCCCCCUCAAGUCGCUUUCUUCGCUCGACUCGACGUUCUUUGGCAAAGGCGGGCUUGGCCUGCUCAAGCUUCGACGCGAGGCUCCCGAAUCAGUGGCACAAGCUGGAGUUCGAUCCGGCGCCUCCUCACUCGACUCCCGGCAGCUGGAGGCUCUUUCGCACGGGCUGGGUGGCGAUGCAGGUACGGUGAUCGAGCAGAUGUGGAAGGUGUUUGACCAGCAAGAAGGGCUCUGGUUCUCCUUCACGCUCGUUCCGGCCUCGGACGGUAUCCGAGUUGUCAAGCCCUAUCUGGAGUUCGACGACUUUGCAGUGCGACGUCAGCCACAGCUCAAGCCGUACUUCGAGUCGCGCCCGCGCAACGCCAACACGGCGCGCGCCGAAGACGGCGGACUGUUCUACGUCAAGCUCGCAGACGUCGAUGCGCCUACACCGACGCAACACGGCAGCAGCGAUCUGCCCGAGGGCAACGUCGGAUGCUUUGGCUACGGCGCUGGUAAUGCAAUGGCGACCAUGGAUGGCCUCAACAAGGCAGGUGGAAGACCAGCCAACUUCCUCGACGGCGGUGGAGGCGCAAAUAGGGUCAACGCCAAACUCGCCGUCGAGACGCUCAACAGAGACCCAGCGGUCAAGGCGAUCUUUGUCAACACCUUCGGGGGCAUCACCAGGACAGACAUUGUGUCGCAGGGCAUCAUCGAUGCGGUCAAGGACGACAAGAUCACCAAACCCAUCGUCGUGCGCAUGAAGGGCACCGGCUCCGAAGACGCCGCCAAGGUCUUGCAAGCGUCCGGGCUCGAAUUCGCCUUUCACGACGACUUUAACGCCGCUGCUGCGCACGUCGUCAAGGCUGCCAACCAAGGUCAUCUGUGA